CUGUUAAUUAUUGACAUGACAAAACAGUGUGCAUGAGUUUAAUAUAUUAUUAUCUCCUCCAUUUCUACGACCUCCAUUGCCUCCCCCGAAAUGUCGGCCGAAACGCCAAUCCGAUUCGGAAUUCUGGGCUGCGCCGAAAUAGCCCGAAAAGUCUCCCGCGCCAUCACUGUAGCCCAAAACGCCACACUCUACGCCGUCGGGAGCCGGUCGAUCGACAAGGCGACGGCCUUCGCCAAGGCCAACAAUUUCCCUGCCAACGCUAAGAUCUACGGCUCCUACGACGCCGUUUUGGACGACCCCGACGUCGACGCCGUCUAUGUCCCCCUCCCCACAAGCCUCCACGUCAAGUGGGCCGUCCUGGCGGCCCAGAAGAAGAAGCACAUCCUGCUCGAGAAGCCCGUGGCGCUCAACGUGGCGGAGUUUGACAAGAUUGCCGAGGCGUGCGAAUCCAGUGGGGUGCAGAUCAUGGACGGUACCAUGUGGAUGCACCACCCGAGGACUGCGAAGAUGUCGGAAUUUCUCUCCGACCCGAACCGUUUUGGUCAGCUAAGAUCGAUACACACCGUGUUCACUUUUGCUAGUGAUCCUGAUUUUCUCAAGAAUGACAUUCGUGUGAAUCCAGACCUUGACGCUCAUGGUGCUCUUGGGGAUGCAGGGUGGUACUGUAUGAGGGGAAUCCUGUGGGUAAGUAACUUUGAACUGCCUAAAACAGUAAUAGCUUUGCGUGGCCCUAUAUUUAAUGAAGUGGGGGUGAUUUUAUCUUGUGGAGCUUCUCUGCAUUGGGAAGAUGGGAAAGUGGCUACCUUCCACUGCUCUUUCUUAUCAAGUUUGACGAUGGAGAUAACUGCUGUCGGUACAAAGGGUACUUUGCAUGUUGAUGGUUUUGUUAUCCCUCAUCAAGAGAAAGAGGCCUGUUUUUCUUUUGCUUCUGAAACCGGAUUUGAUGAAUUUGUGACCAGUUGGGUACCACCACCAAGUCAGCACAUUGUUACCACAGAUCUUCCGCAGGAGGUUCUCAUGGUAAGAGAGUUUUCUCGUUUGGUAGGUACUAUUAAAAAUGGUUCAAAACCUGAGAAGAAGUGGCCAACCCUUAGUAGGAAGACACAGAUUGUACUUGAUGCUGUCAAGGCAUCAAUUGACAAGGGUUUUGAGCCUAUAGAUGUCAAAUAUUAACUGAGGCUCAUCUGGUAUGUGUCGUUCAUCUUCUGUUUGUGCUAAGGUGUCCUUGUGUCAGUAAUAAUAUCCCCAUUCUUCUGUAUGCCUAGUUUAUUCAUGGCAUCCACAAUUUGGGUCAGAGCUUGAUGAACUUGAGCUGUAUUGAAACGCUACUGUCGAAAUGUAUGAAAAAUAAAUUAAAUGUAAAAAUUGCAAGUGAUUUUCAUGGAACUCACAUUUGUCGGUGAAGAGAAAUAUAAAACUAGUGAGCUUUGUUCUGGUUA